UAUCACAGCUUCGAUAGUCUGCUACCGCGAAUGUUGAUAAGCAAUACAUUAAUUGAUCAUAUUCAUCUUAUUGAUUGAGAGAACAUGGUUUCCUAUCUUAGAAAAGGUAUAAAAUUAAUUGGAAGCAGUGCUGGAGCAUGUAAUCGGAUCUGAAACUCAGAAUGAAAGGAAUAAUUGCAUUAUUGGUGAUCGUGUACGCGGCCGUGGGGCGGGCCCAAUUAGAAGAAUGUCCGAAAGAACAGGAAACAAAUUGGGAAAUUGAAAAGUUGCUCAGACACGAGGAUUGUGAAAAAUUCUAUAAAUGUACAUUCGGCAAGCCCGUUGCAAUGAGUUGCCCGCCAGACCUUUGGUUUAACCUGGACACCUGGCAAUGUGACUGGCCACGUAACGUAGAUUGUGAGGACCGUAAUAUUCCUGGGGAGCCAACAACGAGUUCGACAACUACUACGUCUACAACUACUACCACGACUUCAACGACUACGACUCCGCGUCCAACAAGCACCACCACCGCCGCCACCACCACCACCUCAACCGCAUCCACGCCCAUCGCAACUUCAACUCUACCACCUAUCGAUUUCUUGCCCAAUGGAUGCCCUGUGAACCCUAGCAUUCCCUGGUUGCUGCGUCAUCCUACUGAUUGUAACGCCUUCUACCAUUGCGUUUGGGGAACUCCAGUGUUGAGACGCUGUCCCGACAAUUUACAUUUCAACGAAAGGUUUCAGGUUUGUGACUGGCCUUGGAAUUCCUCAUGCUAAGUCUCUUUCAACAAUCAUUUGACAUUCAGACUGUUGCUGAGAUAAUUUAAUCUGAUGACCACAAUAACUUAAAGAAAUUCAAACGAUGCAAUGUGAAAAUUAUUUAUUUUUAUACUUAUUUUUACAUAUUAUUUUAUACGUGACAGUAUUCUGUAUGAAUAAAAUCUAAGCAAGCUUUAAAUAA